AACAGUCGUGACGUAAACGUGACGUCACAGAGGCUGCGCGUGCAACCGGUCGCUGAGUUCAUAUGUGCUGCAGCUAGAGUCCACAUUUAGUCUACAAUAAACACAAUGGAGAUGUCAUAUCAAGCCAUCAAAAUUGCUAACCAGGCAAGAGAAGCAGACGAAUUAAGAACAGAGACCAGAAGAAGGAAUUUGCUUACAUUAAUUUAUUAUCAUUUAAUGGAUGAAGGGUAUGUGGACGCUGCUAAUGCACUGGAACGAGAGACACGUAUUGGGUUGCACAGGUUUGAAGUGUGUGACAAUGUUGAUUUGGAGACGGUUCUCAUGGAGUAUGAAAGCUUUUACUUCAUUAAGUUUCAGAAAUAUCCCAAGCUAACUAAGAAACUGCCAGAACAAGGUAAGAGUGAGAAUAGACGUGUUAGAAGCUCCGGGAAGAAGAGGGCCUCAAGUGUAACACAAACACUGCCCAGGAUCGCAAGUGUUCAGCGUCCACAGUCUAGGAACGGGAUUAAAAAGCAGGAGUCUAAGGCAGCAGUAAAGGACUGGAUGAAAUCUGGCACUGAGAACAGAGGAUCAUAUCUUCCAGAGAGCAAUGAGUUUGGCCUCAAUGUGUCACCCAUCAUUAGGAAUGGAGUUGGUGAAGGGACACAGAUGAAGAAGGGUCAACUGGUGGACUACAGGGGUCUCAUUCAGGAUGCUAUUAAAGGCACAUUUAACGAAUCAGCAGCAAACAGCUUGUCCUGCAAUCCUGAUCCUUCAGAGCGGCUGCUCAAACCAGUCAGUGCCUUCUGCGGGAUGAACAGUGAGAUGAGAGAGCUUGCAGCUGUUAUUAGCAGAGAUAUCUAUUUACACAACCCCAACGUGCACUGGGACGACAUUAUAGGCCUGGAGGCUGCCAAGCGAUUAGUCAAAGAGGCUGUCGUCUACCCCAUUAAGUACCCUCAGUUGUUCACAGGAAUUCUCUCGCCAUGGAAGGGUUUGCUGCUUUACGGGCCUCCAGGCACAGGAAAGACUAUGCUAGCAAAAGCCGUAGCUACAGAAUGCAACACAACGUUUUUUAACAUCUCUGCAUCCAGCAUCGUAAGCAAAUGGAGAGGUGAUUCUGAGAAGCUGGUUCGGGUUUUGUUUGAGUUGGCGAGAUAUCAUGCCCCAUCCACCAUCUUUCUGGAUGAGCUGGAGUCAGUGAUAAGUCAGAGAGGUGUUGGUCCAGGAGGUGAGCAUGAAGGCAGCAGGAGGAUGAAGACAGAGCUCCUGGUUCAGAUGGAUGGACUGGCACGUUCUAACGACCUGGUGUUUGUUCUAGCUGCCUCAAAUCUACCCUGGGAACUGGACCAUGCAAUGCUGAGAAGACUGGAGAAGAGGAUACUUGUGGGUCUGCCUUGUGCUUCAGCCAGAAAGGCAAUGAUCAAUCACUGGCUUCCUCCAGUCAGCAAUACAGGAGGGGUGGAGCUGCGAACUGAGCUAGGCUAUGAUGUGCUUGCAGAGGAAACAGAAGGUUACUCUGGUUCAGAUAUCAGGCUGGUCUGUAAGGAAGCGGCGAUGAGGCCUGUCAGGAAGAUUUUCGACACCCUGGAAAAUUACAGUGAGGGUCACAGCCACAUGCCGCUUAUUCAACUAGAAACAGUGACCACGGAGGAUUUCCUGCAGGUCAUCGCUCACACCAAACCAUCAGCCAGGAACCUGACAGACAGAUACUCUGCCUGGGAGAGAGAGUAUGAGUCUGUCUGACCUUGC